UACGGCUCUCUUCCCCAACCCGGGGCCCGUCGCGCGGCUGCUGAGGCUCCCUCUAUAGCCGGAGAAGAAGGAGCAUCUGGGAUCGGCGUCCGUGCGUGAUGACGCACGUGCGUGCGAAGACGUGUGGACGCAGGCGGGCCAUAGAGCGUUCAGCUGUCUGUAUGCCUCCCCAUAUUACUAAAAUCUGACCAUAUUUCCUCAUCACUGGGCUGUUUUCCUGAUAUAUAAUCAUGCAGCGAAGAUCAAGAGGGAUUAAUAUGGGGCUCAUUUUGCUCCUUUCUCAAAUCAUCCAAGUUGGGAUCAACAAUAUUCCACCUGUCACACUAGCAACUUUGGCUCUCAACAUCUGGUUCUUCUUGAAUCCUAUGAAGCCACUGUAUAACUCCUGCCUUAGCGUGGAGAAGUGUUACCAGCAAAAAGACUGGCAACGUUUACUGCUUUCUCCCUUUCACCAUGCUGAUGAUUGGCAUUUGUAUUUCAAUAUGGCAUCCAUGCUCUGGAAAGGAAUAAAUCUGGAGAGAAGACUGGGAAGCAGAUGGUUUGCUUACAUCAUCAGUACAUUCUCCCUACUCACUGGGGUGGUGUAUUUGCUCUUGCAAUUUGGUUUUGCUGAACUUAUGGAUGAGCCUGACUACAGAAGAAACUGUGCUGUGGGUUUCUCAGGAGUUUUGUUUGCCUUAAAAGUUCUUAACAAUCAUUAUUGUCCUGGAGGCUUUGUCAACAUUUGGGGCUUUCCUGUACCCAACAGAUUUGCUUGUUGGGCAGAACUUGUGGCUAUUCAUUUCUUCUCACCAGGGACUUCCUUCUCAGGGCAUCUGGCUGGGAUUCUUGUUGGACUAAUGUACACUCAAGGGCCUCUGAAGAAAAUUAUGGAAACAUGUGCAGGCAUUUUCUCCUCUAAUAUUGGUUACCCACAACAACAGUACUACUCUAAUAGUUCAGGCUACUCUGGAUAUCAGAAUCAUCCCUAUGGCAGGCCAGGGUACACUGAGGUGCCUAGGAACUAUGAUGCGUACACAGCAGGACUGAGUGAAGAGGAACAGCUGGAGAGAGCAUUAAGAGCCAGCCUCUGGGACCGAGGAAACACCAGAAAUAGCCCACCAUCCUAUGGGUUUCACCUCUCACCAGAAGAAAUGAGGAAACAACGGCUUUACAGAUUUGAUGGCCAGUGAGGUGGCACAAGGUCUUGGGAAGACAUGGUCCAGUUGUGUAACUAUUGCUCAUUUGGCUCACUCCCCAAGCCCCUAAUUAGUUUUAAACAAAAACAGAAUAUACCAUUAUGGCCCCAGAUUGUUCUUGUCUGCUGUGAACCAUCACUCCAUUGCCCCUGCAAGUCCAGAUUGCCUUUUCUGAAAACUGGAUUUGUCCAAGGCGGGCUCAGCUUCUGGGAGUGGUCCUUCUGGCCCUAUUUUCUGCUCUAACAGAAGCUCACUUCCUCAACUUUGGGACCAGUUUCCACAUUCCUUCUCUCUCUCCUGACUCAGUGGUGCCUCUGCCCUGUUUUGCUUUUGAAGACUGUGACUUUCACCAGGAAGCUUUGUUUUCACAAGAUGGGAAGAUCAGUCCCUCACUCUGCCUGGAGUGCUUGUGCUGACUUGGCAGGAGAUGGGCACAUUGCCAUGGUGACUGCCCAGGAAGAGGAUGUGGCUACCUUCCCAGCAUACUGUUCUCUUCUUCUUCUCCCAGGCAUCUCAGCUCCUCUGGCCACCAGGUCGGGGUGCUAGUCACAGUGGCUUGCUUUUUGUGUUGCUCUGCCUAUAGAAUGUUUUACUGAAGAAGUGUAAGAAUGGCCUAAGAUGGAGAAAACACCUGCCCACUCCAUUAGGUAUCAGAUGGCACCUGCAGUCAGAGUUAACAGCCACCCCUCCAGAGGCAGUAUGUAUACCCACAAGAUGGGACCUAUCAUGUAUCUCAUCAGCAAAGCAGCAGCAGCCACAUACAGAGUAGAGUGAAGGCAUUCAGUGGACUGAACACUAGCAAUCCUCCUUGCAGGAAGUAUUUUUUCCUUUAAAAAAGUGCCUCUUCAUUGUCCUCUGUAACUACCAUUUGCCCUGGACAAGUGUUCAAAACAUGCCCCAGGGCCCUGCAGUGUUAGACACAGAUUGUCUGUCGAAGUCAUUUAAGGUAUUUCCUGGUGCAGGUGUGUUAUGAAUAAAAAAGAACAAAGCCAAAACAUCAUUAAUGUUGAAUUGUCAUGGAGCUAUUUAUUUUUAAAGAGAUUUAGAAGCAGUCAAAAAUCUUCCUCUUUUGACUUAUCUGUCAUUUAUAAUAGUUUUUUCUGACUAUGAAAAUAAUAAAUAUGCCUUCUAUAUGCAUAAAGCAGACAUUUAUAAUGAAAUAAUACUAAGUGUUAACAGUUUUUUUUGAGAAGAGAGAGAGAAAAAUUUUUUUUUUAAUUUAUUUUUCAGUUUUCCAUGGACACAACAUCUUUAUUUUAUUUUUAUGUGGUGCUAAGGAUCGAAUCCAGCACCCCGCGCAUGCCAGGCAAGCGUGUUUCCGCUUGAGCCACAUCCCCAGCCCCAACAGGUUAUUUUUGAGGGGUGGAGUACAUGUGAUUUUGCUUUCUUUUUACAAUUUUAUAUUGCUAAUUUUUAAGAGUGUGGCGGGUACUGCAGUCAGGAAAACCAGUUUAUAUAAUAAAUCAAGAAAUACAAAACUAGUAAAACAGAUGUAAAAUACUAUGCAUUCACUAAGAAAGCUCACUGGAUAAAACAGUAAUACAAAUAAAUACAUACACAAUUUUAAAAUCACCUGUAUACCCACCAUUCAGAGGUAACCAGGUUUAAUAUUUUGGGGAAGUGCCUUCUCGACUUUUGGUUUUGUACAUUUCACAAAUUUUGCAGCACACUGGCUAUGCAGUUUUUUAUGCAGUUCCUAAUCUGUAUAUACCUGGAAGAGAUCUUGACACCAACAUAUAAAGGAGCUAAGAAAACCACAUGGGUCCAGGGAACUCUCCAACCCUGCCUCCGGCUGGCACAGUGACACCCAAGCUCCUUGAUUUAAUGUAUCACUGAUGUAAAACUACAGCUUGUUGAUAAUAUAAAUUGUAUCCAAGUCUGGUAGCUUUAAAUAAUAUUUAUAUUAAAAUGUUCAAAAGCUAAAUUAUUAUUAUCUCCCAACUCUAUAAAUUUGACUUCUAGAAGAAAUAACCUCUUUCUUACAUGCCAUAUUUUCAUACACAUAGAAAUUAUGCUGUAACACUUAUCUCUCCACUGCCAUCAUCAUCUGUGCAUAACUACACCAAGAAGUGCCUUCCACAGGGAGUGAGGGUUGUGACUGAUCCUGGAACGACACCUGUGUUUUAUUUACCUUUCUGCAUUCUCCCUGUGUCCCACCUCUACCAUCCCGAGGCUUGUGGUAGGUAGGGGCUUAUUAAAUGUUAGUUUCCCACCAAAGUGUUUUUCCAGUUUCUUUAAAAGGCUUUCUGGCUAUGUUUUUAUUGCUGGAGUUCAAUAGUAGUACCACCUCACUCUAUGUGAUUUGUCAGAUACUAAAACACUGGAAUUAGAUUUGGGGUAGUAUAGAUAUAAUAUGCAUGCUUUCUUUAGUUAUGGAGUGGAAGAUUACCAAACAUUCGGAGAUGUGGGAAAGGUCUUUUAGUAAUAAAUAUAAACCGUCUAUUUUUGCACAAAAUAAAGAUGUUCUGGAAAUUA